AUGAAGUCUCCAAGGAUGAGAGUCUCUGCGAAGCUGCUGCACUGGCUCCUUCUGGCCGGCGUGUUGAAGGUCUGCUGGGAGCUGGUGGCCGCCUCGAGCCCGCAGCCCUGGGGACGCGCAGGUCAGCACCAUGCCAAGCAGGGGACCUGUGAGGUGGUUGCUGUGCACAGGUGCUGUAACAGGAACCACAUAGAAGAGCGAUCACAAACGGUCAAGUGUUCUUGCUUCCAUGGACAGGUUGCUGGCACAACUCGGGCUCGGCCUUCUUGUGUUGAAGCUUCCAUCGUGAUUCAGAAGCGGUGGUGUCACAUGCACCCUUGUUUGGAAGGAGAGGACUGCAAAGUGCUGCCAGAUUACUCAGGUUGGUCCUGUAGCAGUGGCAAUAAAGUCAAAACUACCAAGCUGGUGUCUUGA